GUGUAUGCCUGGGGUCACAAUGGUUAUGGCGAACUGGGAAUUGGGGCGUCAAAUCAGGUUGUCACGAAACCUAUUCUAGUGACUAUGCCUAUUCUUGAAAGUCUAGGCAUGAAGCGCGUUGUCGACAUCGCAUGUGGGAGUCACCAUUCUAUCGCUCUGACCGAAGAUGGUGAGGUGUAUGCUUGGGGACAAAAUAAUUGUGGACAACUGGGCAGCAGUAUCAGCACAAAUCAGGUCACACCUAGGCAAGUGAACUCCGUCUUAGGUGGGAAGAAAGUUGUCUGCAUCUCAUGUGGCCAGACCUCUACCAUGGUGGUCAUUGAAAAUGGUGAGGUGUAUGGUUUUGGCAAUAACGGCGUCG